UGCGGGUUUCGCGCCUGCGCAGUGCGGCGCCUAGAGGGAAAGCGAGAGGGAGACGGACGUUGAGAGAACGAGAAGGAAGGAGAGAAAAUGGCGUCCACGGAUUACAGUACCUACAGCCAAGCUGCAGCCCAGCAGGGUUACAGUGCUUACACCGCCCAGCCCACUCAAGGAUAUGCACAGACCACCCAGGCGUAUGGGCAACAAAGUUAUGGAACUUAUGGACAGCCCACUGAUGUCAGCUAUACGCAGGCUCAGACCACUGCGACCUAUGGGCAGACUGCCUAUGCAACUUCUUAUGGACAGCCUCCCACUGUAGAAGGGACCAGUACAGGAUAUUCUACUCCAACUGCCCCCCAGGCAUACAGUCAGCCUGUCCAGGGGUAUGGCACUGGUGCUUAUGAUACCACCACUGCUACGGUCACUACCACCCAGGCCUCCUAUGCAGCUCAGUCUGCAUAUGGCACUCAGCCUGCUUACCCAGCUUAUGGGCAGCAGCCGGCAGCCACCGCACCUGCAAGACCACAGGAUGGUAACAAACCCGCUGAGACUAGUCAACCUCAAUCUAGCACAGGGGGUUACAACCAGCCCAGCCUAGGAUAUGGACAGAGUAACUACAGUUAUCCCCAAGUUCCUGGGAGCUACCCCAUGCAGCCAGUCACAGCACCACCAUCUUACCCUCCUACCAGCUAUUCCUCUACACAGCCGACUAGUUAUGAUCAGAGCAGUUACUCCCAGCAGAACACCUAUGGGCAGCCGAGCAGCUAUGGACAGCAGAGUAGCUAUGGUCAACAAAGCAGCUAUGGGCAACAGCCGCCCACUAGUUACCCCCCCCAAACUGGAUCCUACAGCCAGGCUCCAAGUCAAUAUAGCCAACAGAGCAGCAGCUACGGGCAGCAGAGUUCAUUCCGACAGGACCACCCCAGUAGCAUGGGUGUUUAUGGGCAGGAGUCUGGAGGAUUUUCCGGACCAGGAGAGAACCGGAGCAUGAGUGGCCCUGAUAACCGGGGCAGGGGAAGAGGGGGAUUUGAUCGUGGAGGCAUGAGCAGAGGUGGGCGGGGAGGAGGACGCGGUGGAAUGGGCAGCGCUGGAGAGCGAGGUGGCUUCAAUAAGCCUGGUGGACCCAUGGAUGAAGGACCAGAUCUUGAUUUAGGCCCGCCUGUAGAUCCAGAUGAAGACUCUGACAACAGUGCAAUUUAUGUGCAAGGAUUAAAUGACAAUGUGACUCUAGAUGAUCUGGCGGACUUCUUUAAGCAGUGUGGAGUUGUGAAGAUGAACAAGAGGACUGGACAACCCAUGAUCCAUAUCUACUUGGACAAGGAGACAGGGAAGCCCAAAGGCGAUGCUACAGUGUCUUACGAAGACCCACCAACUGCCAAGGCUGCCGUGGAGUGGUUUGAUGGAAAAGAUUUUCAAGGGAGCAAACUUAAAGUUUCUCUUGCUCGGAAGAAGCCUCCAAUGAAUAGCAUGCGGGGUGGAAUGCCACCCCGAGAGGGCAGAGGGAUGCCGCCACCGCUCCGUGGAGGUCCAGGGGGUCCAGGAGGUCCUGGGGGACCCAUGGGUCGCAUGGGAGGCCGUGGAGGAGACAGAGGGGGCUUCCCGCCAAGAGGGCCCCGCGGUUCCCGAGGGAAUCCAUCUGGAGGAGGAAACGUCCAGCACCGAGCUGGAGACUGGCAAUGUCCCAACCCGGGGUGUGGAAACCAGAACUUCGCCUGGAGGACAGAGUGCAACCAGUGUAAGGCCCCAAAGCCCGAAGGCUUCCUCCCACCUCCUUUCCCACCGCCAGGUGGUGACCGUGGCAGAGGUGGCCCUGGUGGCAUGCGAGGAGGAAGAGGUGGCCUCAUGGACCGUGGUGGUCCUGGUGGAAUGUUCAGAGGUGGCCGUGGUGGAGACAGAGGUGGCUUCCGUGGUGGCCGGGGCAUGGACCGUGGUGGCUUUGGCGGAGGAAGGCGAGGUGGCCCUGGAGGGCCCCCUGGACCUUUGAUGGAACAGAUGGGAGGAAGAAGAGGUGGCCGUGGAGGACCUGGAAAAAUGGAUAAGUAUGUGGUAGUGGAAACCAGCUGUGAACCUCUGGACCGGUUGGGUCAGUGGCCCUGUCCUGUGACUAGAGCAGGUCUCAAUGGCUCCACGGGAAGGAAGGGAGAUGGGAUGCCCAACCCAGGGCUCAGGCUGUGGGAGGGGCCUUCCUUCCUUCCCCCAUUUCAACCCAUCACCCCUUUUUCAUUUUGCCCAGCAGAGGCGAGCAUCGUCAGGAACGCAGAGACCGGCCCUAUUAGACGCAGAGACCCCGCAGAGCUGCAUUGACUACCAGAUUUAUUUUUUAAACCAGAAAAUGUUUUAAAUUUAUAAUUCCAUAUUUAUAAUGUUGGCCACAACAUUAUGAUUAUUCCUUGUCUGUACUUUAGUAUUUUUCACCAUUUGUGAAGAAACAUUAAAACAAGUUAAAUGGUAGUGUGCCGAGUUUUUUUUGUUUUGUUUUCUUUUAAAGAUGGUUGUUUAACUAAGACUAAACAAUGGGAAUCCCUUGUGAGCAUGCUCAGUGUCUUUGUGAAGAACCAAGAGGGCCUCUUAACUGUAACAAUGUUCAUGGUUGUGAUGGUUUUUUUUUUUUUUUUUUUUUUUAAAUAAAAUUCCAAAUGUUUAUAAA